AUGUGGCCUACAGAGAAUUCAAGGAGCUCAAUGGCUCUCACGACCCAAAACUCUAACCCUAUCAUAGUACCAUGUGGGCACAAGCUGGUCGGACCGCCCCGCUACUCCAUCACCGUCUUCGACCUGGAGAUCGGGGCCUGGGACCUGCUCGACCCGGUUCUAGACUACCCAGAUGAGCUGCCGCUGUUCUGCCACCUCGCGAGCUGCGAUGGCGAGCUGGUGGCCCUCGGGGGGUGGGACCCAGCGACCUACGAGCCGGUGGCCAACGUCUUCGCAUACGACUUCGCAGCGCGGGGGGGCGUGGCGAUGCCCCGACAGGCCUCCUUCUUCGCCGUGGGCGCGCACGGCAGGCGCAUCUACGUGGCCGGGGGGCACAACAAGGGCAAGAACGCGUUGAGGUCGACGUGGGCAUACGACAUGGGGCGGGGCAAGUGGGCGGAGCUGCCAUUGAUGAGCCACAGCCGGGACAAGUGCGAGGGGCGGUCCUUCUGGGUGGUUAGCGAGUAUGGGAUGAAGGACCAGGGCUGGUUCGAGGGGAGCGCGGAGGUGUACGACUUCCGGACCAGGUUAGUGGCGGCGGGCGGAGAGGGUGUGGCCGCCGGAGCGAUGCCUGAGCUCACGUGUCGGCACGGGGAGGGACGGGCGGCUAUUCGACUGGGCUGGGUCGAACCCGGUGGUCUAGGCCAAGACGUGCUGGGUCGAGCUGGGGAGGCGGACCCGGUGGCGGGGUAG